AUGCCUUUCAGAUUUCGUGCUGCAGAUCUAGAUGGUAGAAUAGUCUUGAAGAAUCAGUUCUUCACUUUAUACUGGAGCAUAUUGAGGAAUCAAAGUCAUAAGAUUGUCUACAAUGAUGGUGAUAUUCAAACAAAUUUUGCUCUAAGUUUCAACAAAAUUGGCGAUGAUGGCGGAUCAUAUACAAUGGUCACACGUGGAUCAUCAAAGGCAUCUUAUUUAACCAGUCUUCUGAUCAGUUUGAGCACACUUCUUCGCCCUACAAGUGAUACCAUUCCUUGGCUCAAUCGUGCCCGAAACCACAUAUUGCCGUGGAAGUGUAAUAGUAAAAUACCAAUCUUUCAGGAAUAUGUCAAUGAGCUUCAAUCGCCUGCACGUCUAAUACAGGGACCAGUGUAUUCGUCAUUCUUCCAACGACUAGCACCUGAAUUAGCAUAUGGUAUUACGGUAGUGAAUUCGUCGGACAUCUCUGCUCGAGUUCUUCAAGUUGAUGUGUUCACAAAUGUUCGUAAAAAACCGGGUUUUACGAUUAUGAUGAACUUGCAUACCGUAAUUCGGAAUGAAAAUCGUUUUUACACCGAUGUGAAUGGAAUGUAUCUGAUGGAGCGAAGGUAUGUGAAGAGCUAUAAGAAGGGGAUUGCGGAUACUGUGACUCAGUUUAUGCUGGGCACUGUAGCUUUGUUCAUGCUGGAUACUGUAGCCUAG